CCUGCGCAAAUGCUGCGCAUUUGUAACGCGCACGAAGGCGUCCUUUGAAUGCAUGGCGGCGCUGUAUGUAUGGAUUAUGCGUCAAGGUUUCUGCCCUGGUUAUGGAAAUGCUAAUGGGUCAUGCGAUCAUAAGUAGAUAAUAAAAUAGCAUUUUGUAAAAAUUGAUAUAUAUUUUUAAGAAUUAACGCUAGGAUUAUAGUGUCGUUGCUGUUUGCACGGAGCUAAAACUGUUAGCUUAGCGACAUGCAUUAAGGCCCGAUGGUGAGAUGGUCCUGGAUGUGAGCAUCAGGAGGCCACCCUGUGUUAGAUAUUAGUCUUCAGCUCCAUAUGCAUGCUCUACUAUUCUAUAUUUUAGUUUCUUGAUCUCGAAAGUGAUCGUGACGUUCCUCAAACAUGUACAAUAAGAUAAGCAUUGGUUGAUGAUGAUGAUGUGGACCUAUUAAUUCAAAGAAAUUGAUUUACUGAAGGCUUUGGAUAGAUCUUUCCUCUGAGCUGAACACCUUUAACUCCCAGAACAGCAGCUAACAUGACCGGCAUCCAGUCCAGAGAUGAGUUGGUUGGAGACACUUCAGAUGAUGAACCUCUGAGCAAAACCUUGAAACCUGGAAAAAAGGGUUCUGAAGAUGCAUGUAAGACUGCUUCUGAUAUCGUGGAAGACGCUUCACCAAAGAAACCCCUCAAAGAGCCUACAUCUACUGCGGAUGAGUGUCCUGGACACAGCUCUGAUGACGAGCCUCUGAGCAAACUGAAUGAAUCAAAGGGGGCCAAGCGCUCAAGUAAACAGCAAGAGACUGCUUCGGACUCUGAAGACAAUCAGCCGCUGAAGCUUUUCAUCAAGAAGAAGAUGAAGCAGAAGGCUGGUUCAGAAGAGACUGAAGAUGCCAGGAAGACCAGAAGCCCAAAAAAGCGUAAAGUUGCAACAAAAGCUUCGAGGAUCAGAGUGUCAUCACCAUCACCAUCGCGGUCACCAGCGAAGGUCACACAGAGGAGAGGACGAAAAGGUAAGGACAACUCGAAGAAGAAGGCAUCGGGACACUCACCAGCUACGAACACGACACCUAAAAGGAGAGGACGUGCAAAAAAAGAAGGAAAAGCGUGCAGCGACAGCUCGGACGACGAGCCCUUGAGCGAGCCAGCGAGGAAGAAAGGCGAGCCAGCGAGGAAGAAAGGUGAGCUGGCGAGGAAGAAGGGUGAGCCGGAGAUGAAGCAGGCGGUGGUGCUGUUAGAGAGGAUGUCCGAACAAGACGUCAUGGACGCAGUGGCACGGGGAGGCACACACACACAAGAGCAGAAAAGUGCAGCCAGAGCAGAGAGCGCAGUCGAGAGCUCGGACGAGGAGCCUCUGAGUCUUAAGAUGAAGAGACUGAAAGAGCAGAGUAAGGCUGCGCGAGGCCGGAGACCUGCAGCAGAUGCCAGUUCAGACGACGAGCCUUUGGUGAGGAAAGUAAAAACGGCGAAGGUGAAGGACAAGUUCCGAAAGAGAGCCAACGGAGAAGAGGACACGGUCAAACAAGAUAAAGAGCUGAGCGAGGAGGACGAGCGUCCACACUGAGAGCUUUGGGAAAAGCCGCAAAAAAAAAUUCGAAUAGAAGAGGACUCGCUCUUUUCACCGUCCUGUGAUCAGUAGUUCUGUGCUUCAUUUCUUUAUAUAUUUAUAGUAACAUCUUCCCGCAUCUCUUUUUUUUUUUUCUUUUUCUUUUUUUUUUUUUUUUUUUUUUUUAAACUCCUCACCUGAGAAUGAAUCCCUUUCACACCAUUUAAAAAGCUUGACGUUUUUUUUUUUUUAUAUAUAUAUAUAUAUAUAUUGUUUUAGCGUUUUAUAUUUCGUACGGUCUUAAUCCGGGCUUUCAGCUUUUUACAUUGUGUUUUGAUUUGCAUUCUAUUGUCAUUAAAUGUAAUUGCUAUAGUUUCUAGGGGAAAAAACACGGUAACAAGGAAUUUGCUUUUGAUAAUAAUGUUGGCGUUAAACACGUGAGAGAGACAGAAACGUGGAGAACGCUGUACAGUAGCUUAUUUGUAUAUAUCUAUUUUUUUUUUUUUUUUUUUUAGAUGGCAGUCAUCUUAGUUUCUUGUGAUUUAAUGUGAUUUUAACGGAUCGGAUCGUCGGAUUUCCUGAUGGAUGAAAUAUUCUCGCUGUCCGUACAAUCAGAAAAAAUAAAUCUGUGACUUUGUAAUGAAA